AUGAUCGAUAAGUAUUAUAGGUUGUUUCUACAUGCAGCCGGAAUUCCAAACCACGAGCUAAAACUGAAGGUAGGUUUGCCGGUGAUGCUCCUACGCAACAUCAAUCAAGCAGCAGGUUUAUGCAAUGGUACAAGAAUGACUAUUACACAGCUGGGAAACAGGUACAUUGAGGCACAAAUAAUCACAGGAACACAUGUCGAUGACAAGGUAUACAUACCUAAAAUCGUUAUGUCACCAAGCGACUCAAAGUGGCCCUUCGUGCUGAAAAGAAGGCAAUAUCCUCUAUCAGUUUGUUUUGCAAUGACAAUAAAUAAAAGCCAAGGUCAAUCCCUAAACAUGGUGGGUCUACAGCCUAGGCAAGUCUUCUGCCAUGGGCAACUAUAUGUGGCACUAUCAAGAGUCACAAGCAGAGAAGGAUUAAAGGUGCUGAUUGACGACACGGAGUGCCCAAGCGAAGAUAGCGCAAAGAAUAUAGUAUACAAAGAGAUUUUCUAUUUUUUUGUUACUCAAGUAAAUGUAUAUCGGGGCCAAAUCAUGAUUUAAAAAAAUACAAUGUAUGGUUCAGAA